AUGGGUGAGUGCGGGGAGGGGAUUUACAAGCUCAUUGAUCCUUACAGAUGGAUUAAGAUUUCCAUGUAUUUUCCGCAGUUUUCAUGUAAUGAGGCCUCCGUGACUGUUACAUCUCCUCCCUACCUGGAGAGAGAAGAAAUGACGGUACAAAAAGAAUUAUUAGCUCAACGAAUUAACAGUGCGGGAUCCGCCGGUCGUCGUUUAAUUGUUUUGUGUCGUGACCAACGUAUUGCUGCAUAUCUAGCAAUUCGUUAUUCAGGACUGAAUAAUCGAUUCGGUCUUGGAUUAUUCAGUGACAACAGAGUUAUUGUUGUCGCCACUGAUUAUUUAUUGACACAACUAAUCGACGACAACGACGAAAGUUUUGUGUUCUAUUAA